AUGGAACGGAACGAGAUAUCCUUGAGAUCUCUCCGGGGCUCCAGACCGGAAAGCAAUGCCUCUAUGCGUCCCGAACACCAGAGUCUCCAGUCAUCCGUCACGCACUUCCCUGGUCCUCAGUCCACUCCAGUCCCGAAUAACGAGAGCUGGGUCCACCCUGCUUUUCGAACAAACAGAGAUUCUUAUGCGGUCUUCCACAGACCCGGCGAAGAAGAAGAACAAGAACAUAGUCUCAAAACAGGCCCUGGUUCGCCGCACGAGUUUCGGAAGUCAGAUGGGCUUGCAUCUUCGCCUUCGCUGUUGUAUCGCAUCGCCUGGAGCCGGGGCUGCAAGGUUGCGACGGCACUGGCUGUGGUAGCGGUGCUAAUCACUAUCUUGACGCUGUCUAUCUGUAUCCCGAGGGGGUGUUUUCAGCACAGGAAUGGGACUACCGAGAUUGGACUUGACGGUCGCACAGCCCUGACCACCACUGCUACUACUGGCCCAUCUGCUGCUGAAGAUACCAGCGUGUUGGCAGCCUGGCCGACUAUCACUGCCAGUGCAAGUAACAUCAUCCAUGUCCACAUGGAUGCAGCGAGGGCGCAGAGUGAGCCUACAACCUUGCUGUCUGCAAUCGCCCCUGGUACCUCUCCUGCGACUACUGUUGGUGUGGCAGCGACCAGCACAGAUCGGGCCUUCUAG